AUGGCACCAGAUCUAUCCCAGAACAAGGCCGUCAAGCUCGUCGCCCACGCCGCCGCAAACAAAUACGCAAUCUGCGCAACAUGCUGCUACAACGUCGAAGGCAUCCUCGCAUCUGUCCGCGCAGCAGAAGCCAAACGCGCCCCUCUAAUCAUCCAGCUUUUUCCCUGGGCAAUCACAUACGCCGAUGGCAUACUGCUCCAUGCUGCGCGCGAAGCCGCUGACAACGCCAGCGUGCCUGUAGCUCUUCAUAUGGACCACGCCCAAACCCCAGAGAUUGUGAAGAAAGCCGCAAACUUCGACAAAGGUUUCGACGGCAUCAUGGUCGACAUGAGUCAUUUUGACGAUAACCUUGAGAAGACUGCAGAGCUGGUCAGGUAUUGUAACGAGAGGGGAAUCAUCACAGAAGCAGAACCGGGAAGAAUUGACGGAGGAGAGGACGGUGUGGGAGAUUUGAGUGAGAUGGGUCUCGAGGCUAUCCUCACCACUCCGGAGCAAGCUGAGGAAUUCGUCGCAACGGGGAUUAAUUGGCUAGCCCCUGCUUUCGGAAACGUACAUGGGAAAUACGGGCCCAAAGGUCCUCAACUGGAUUAUCCGCGGUUGCGCAAUGUGCAUGCCAAGGUGGGGGAUCGAGUCGCAUUGGUAUUGCAUGGAGCAGGCAAGGAAUGGUUCCAGGAGAAGCUACUCAAGGAGUGCAUCGAGUGUGGUGUUGCCAAGGUGAACAUCAACGAUGCGUUCAAUAAUGAUUUUAUCGAUGUCAUGAAGGAGCAGGCUGGUCUUACGCCUCUGACGGGGUUGAUUGAGAAGGCGACAGAUGCUAUGCAGAAGAGUAUUGAGAAUUAUAUCGAGUGGAUGGGUGGACAAGGCAUGGCGGACAAGAUUCAGCUGUGA